UUGAGGAGAACCAAUCAUAGGAAGUGAUGUGUAGAAAGUACAAACAGUCCAUUUGAAAUUAUUUAGUUAUGGGCAAAUGGCAGAAGCCUUGAAGCUUAGACAAACAAAUCAUUUGGGGGAGUUGAUUGUGGAAAUUUCCCAUCAUUUGGGCACACACACUUAGAGUGAGUGAUAGGCAUGGAGGAAGGGUUGGAUGCAGAUGAAGUGGUGAGUAGCUUGAGGAUGAGUGUUGGAUCUUGGAGCAGGAGGAGUUGGGUUUCAGAAAGUGUUUCUGAGAUGUGGAGUGCUGCUGCAAAUGGUGGUGAUGUGUUUGAGAGGAGCAAUAGGGUUGGUGAUGAUGAUGAUGAAGAGCACCUCAAGUGGGCUGCCAUAGAGAGGCUUCCCACUUUUGAGAGGCUAAGGAAAAGCUUGGUCAAAAGGGUCUUAGAAGAAGAUAGUGGAACAAGGUUUAACUAUGAAGAGGUUGAUGUAUCCAAUCUUGGUGUCCUAAACAAGAGGAAACUCCUUGAUUCCAUACUAAACACUGUUGAGAAUGACAAUGAGACCUUUCUCCUUAGGAUGAGGGAGAGGAUUGAUAGGGUGGCAAUAGAGAUUCCAAAGGUUGAAGUCCGAUUCGAGCAUUUGUCCGUGGAAGGAGAUGCAUUUAAUGGAAGCAGAGCACUACCAACAUUAGUGAACUCCACCAUGAAUGCGAUUGAGAGAAUUCUCGGAUUAAUGAAUCUUUUUCCUUCGAAGAAAAGUGUUGUCAAGAUACUCCAAGAUGCUAGUGGAAUUGUCAGGCCAAAAAGAUUAACCUUGCUUUUGGGGCCUCCAAGAUCAGGGAAAACUACAUUGCUGCAAGCACUUGCUGGAAAACUCGAUAGGAAUUUAAGGGUUUCAGGAAGAGUCACUUACUGUGGUCAUGAGUUAUCAGAGUUUGUUCCUCAAAGAACAUGUGCUUAUAUUAGUCAACAUAAUCUUCAUCAUGGAGAGAUGUCAGUUAGAGAGACACUAGACUUUUCUGGACGUUGCUUGGGAGUUGGGACAAGGAAUGAUCUACUACUAGAAUUAAUAAAGCGAGAAAAGCAAGCAGGUCUUAAACCAGAUCCAGAGAUAGAUGCGUUUAUGAAAGCCACAUCAAUGACAGGUCAAGAAAAAAGUCUCAUUACAGAUUAUAUUCUCAAGGUUCUUGGAUUGGAAAUAUGUGCUGACACUUUAGUGGGAGAUGAAAUGAGGAGGGGAAUAUCUGGUGGAGAAAAAAAGAGGUUAACUACUGGUGAAAUGUUGGUUGGACCAGCAAAAGUCUUCUUAAUGGAUGAAAUUUCAACUGGUUUGGAUAGUUCCACAACCUUCCAAAUUAUCAAGUUCUUAAGGCAGUUAGUGCAUGCCAUGGAUGUUACAGUGAUAGUAUCUCUUUUACAACCUGCACCAGAAACAUUUGACCUUUUCGAUGACUUGAUCUUGCUUUCAGAAGGUCACAUUCUCUACCAAGGACCUCGUGAAAAUGUUCUCAAUUUUUUUGAAAGUGUAGGCUUCAAAUGCCCUGAAAGGAAAGGAAUUGCAGACUUCUUACAAGAGAUUACUUCUAGAAAGGACCAAGAGCAAUACUGGUUUUCAAAGGACAAACCAUACAGUUAUAUGAGUGUGCCUGAGUUUGUAGAUCAUUUCAAUAAUUUUAGCAUUGGCCAACAACUUUCCCAAGAGCUUCAAGUUCCCUAUGAUCGUGCUAAAACUCACCCUGCUGCACUAGUUAAAAAUAAAUAUGGGAUCUCAAAACUAGAACUCUUGAAGGCAUGUUUCGCAAGAGAAUGGCUACUGUUGAAGCGCAGUGCUUUCAUAUACAUAUUUAAGACUACUCAGAUUUUGAUAAUGUCUUUGAUUACUAUGACAACGUUUCUUAGAACAGAAAUGAAAAGUGGCCACAUUGAUGAUGGGAGAAAAUAUUAUGGUGCACUAUUCUUUAGCCUCACUAAUAUAAUGUUCAAUGGAAUGGCUGAGCUUGCACUAACUAUUUUUAGACUUCCUGUUUUCUUCAAGCAACGAGAUUUAUUAUUUUAUCCGGCUUGGGCUUUUGCACUUCCCAUAUGGAUCUUUCGAAUCCCUCUCUCUUUGGUGGAGUCAGGAUUAUGGGUUGUCCUUACUUAUUAUACUGUAGGGUAUGCUCCAGCUGCAAGUAGAUUUUUUCGUCAGUUGUUAGCAUUCUUCUGUGUUCAUCAAAUGGGUUUGUCUCUGUUCCGAUUCAUUGCUGCUCUUGGAAGAACGCUGGUUGUGGCAAAUACGCUUGCUUUCUUUAUAUUGCUACUUACUUAUGUGCUUGGUGGAUUCAUUGUUGCCAAAGAUAACCUUGAUCCCUGGAUGAAAUGGGGCUAUUAUGCUUCUCCUAUGAUGUAUGGUCAGAAUGCCAUUGUCAUUAAUGAAUUCCUUGAUAAGAGAUGGAGUGUUCCCAACAUGGAUAAAAGAAUUCCUGAGCCCACAGUUGGGAAGGCUCUUCUCAAGGCUAGAAGCAUGUUUACUGAAGACUAUUGGUAUUGGAUUUGUAUUGGUGCUCUCCUAGGCUUUUCUCUGCUUUUCAACAUUUGUUUUAUAUUUGCUCUGACAUUUCUCAAUCCAUUUGGAGAUUCUAAAUCUAUUAUUCCAGAAGAGGGAAACGAGAAAAAGAAAACUGCUGAAGAGAGUUCUGUUUCAACUGAUAAAUCAUUUGAAAAUGCAGACAUUGAUAUGGAUAAUAAAAGAUUCCGAGAGAGUUCAACUCCCAAAGUAGACACGACAACAACCAAGACGGGAAUGGUGUUGCCCUUUAAGCCUCUAUCACUUGCUUUUGAUCACGUGAAUUACUACAUCAACAUGCCAAUUGAAAUGCAAAAACAUGAAAUUGAAGUGAGUCGGCUCCAAUUACUAAGAGAUAUUAGUGGUGCUUUUAGGCCUGGAGUACUAACAGCAUUAGUAGGUGUAACUGGUGCUGGAAAAACCACCUUGAUGGAUGUUCUAGCUGGAAGAAAAACUGGAGGUUAUAUUGAAGGAAGCAUCAGCAUAUCUGGUUACCCAAAAAAACAAGAAACUUUUGCUCGAAUUAGUGGAUAUUGUGAACAAAAUGAUAUCCAUUCUCCAAAUAUCACAGUGUAUGAAUCAGUUGUAUUUUCUGCUUGGUUGCGUCUUGGUAAUGAGGUCAAGUCAGAAAUAAGAAAGAUGUUUGUUGAGGAAGUUAUGAACCUUGUUGAGCUGCAUCCAGUGAGAAAUUUUCUAGUAGGUCUUCCAGGCAUAAAUGGUUUAUCAACUGAGCAAAGAAAGAGACUCACUAUUGCUGUAGAAUUAGUUGCCAAUCCUUCUAUCAUCUUUAUGGAUGAGCCAACCUCAGGCCUUGAUGCUAGAGCUGCAGCAAUUGUUAUGCGUACUGUCAGAAAUACAGCAGAUACAGGAAGAACUAUUGUCUGCACAAUUCAUCAACCAAGCAUUGACAUAUUUGAAUCUUUUGAUGAGCUACUUUUGAUGAAGAGAGGAGGACAAAUCAUAUAUAAUGGUCCCUUAGGUCAAAAAUCUCAUAAGCUUAUAGAGUACUUUGAGGCUAUUCCAGGAGUUCCUAGAAUCAAAGAUGGUUAUAAUCCUGCCACAUGGAUUUUGGAGAUCAGUUCUCCAAUAGUUGAGGGUCAGCUUAGGGUAGACUUUGCAGAAUUGUAUACUAAGUCAGAAUUGUAUCAGAGGAAUCAAGUUCUUAUUAAAGAACUAAGCACACCUUUAGAAGGAACAAAGGACCUUGAUUUCCCUACUAAAUACUCUCAGUCCUUUGUUGCUCAAUGUAAAGCAUGCUUCUGGAAACAACACUUGUCCUAUUGGAGGAAUCCACAAUAUAAUGUCAUUCGAUUCUUCAUGUCAACAUUUGUAGGUGUAAUUCUUGGAUUCAUUUUUUGGAAAAAAGGAGAUAAAACAGAUACAGAGCAAGAUCUAAUGAAUCUAAUGGGAGCUAUUUUUGCUUCUAUUUUCCUUCUUGGAGGCUCCAACACUUCCUCUGUUCAACCUAUAGUUGCAAUAGAAAGAACAGUCUUCUAUCGUGAAAAAGCAGCUGGAAUGUACUCAGCUCUACCUUAUGCAAUUGCUCAGGUGGCAAUAGAAUGUAUUUAUAUUGCAAUCCAGACAUUCACCUUUACUUUUAUCCUUUACUCAAUGAUGGGUUUUCUUUGGCAAGCUGACAAGUUCUUGUGGUUCUACUACUUCAUGUUCAUGUCAUUUGUUUGCUUCACACUUUAUGGCAUGAUGACAGUGGCUCUAACACCAAACCCCCAAAUUGCUGCAAUUAUUAUGUCCUUCUUCCUAGUGUUUUGGAAUGUAUUCUCAGGCUUCAUUAUCUUCAAAUCGCAAAUUCCAAUAUGGUGGAGGUGGUAUUACUGGGCAUGUCCAACUGCUUGGAGUUUAUAUGGCCUAGUGACAUCCCAGAUUGGUGACAAAGAUACUCCAGUUGUGGUGCCUGGAUCAGGAUCAAUGUCAGUAAAAGCAUUCCUUAAGAAAUAUAUGGAUUAUGAAUAUGACUUCCUGGGGGUUGUUGUUGUGGCCCAUAUUGUAUUUGUUGUAUUGUUUCUUUUUGUUUUUGCUUAUGGUAUCAAGGUCUUUAAUUUUCAAAAGAGAUAAGUAACACUAUAAUAAAUGAACAAAAUAAACACAAAAAGAAAAAUAAAAGAGUAAAGAAAGACAUUUAGAGGUCUCUAUAGAAUAUACAAGCAACAUUAUGAUUGUUCAUAAUGUCUGGGAUUUUCACUUGUAUCUAGUUAUUAGUCAUUGUUCAACAUUUGAAAUUUGGCAUAACAUAUCCUCCCAAGAACACAAAAUUAUAAUGAUUCUUGUGCAUAUUAAUGUGAGAAUAU